UUGCUAUUCAAAAUUUUGAAAAAUAAAUCAAUAAAUAAAAUGGUAGAUUGGAGAUAUUUUGAAUAUCUAGAUGAUUUUGUCAAUUCUUCGCUUUAAUCUCAUUCAUUUAUCACAGUUGAUUUUUAUGGGAAAAUUAACAUAAAAGACUUUUGUUCUGCUUUAGAAAAGUGCACUAACCUAUAAAAAUUGACACUUAAUUUCUAUGGCAAAAAAAUUCGUGAUAAAAGUGCCUUACGCAUAGGCUCUGCUAUAACACAAUGUAUUAAUCUCUCAAUUUUGAAUCUUUAUUUUGAUAACAAUUAAAUUGGGAAUAAGGGUGCAUCAUGCGUAGGCUCUCGCUUAGCAAAUUGCAUUAAUCUAUAAAAUUUGACACUAGCCCUUAGCUCUAAUUAAAUUGGUAACGAAGGUGCAUCAGGCUUAGGUUCUGCUUUAGCAAAUUGCACUAAUCUCUCAAAUUUGAAACUUCUACUUGGUCGCAAUUAAAUUGGCGAUAAUGGUGUAUCAGGUUUAGGUUUUGGUUUAGGAAAGUGCAAUAAUCUCUAUAAUUUGGAACUUGAACUUAAUGAAAACGAAAUUGGAGAUCAAGGUAUAUCGGACUUAGGUUCUGCUUUAUCAUCCAAAAAUAAUCUCUCAAAAUUGAUACUUGAUUUUGACAAUGAAUUAGAAAAUUUGAAAGUAAAGAACAAGUAUCUUAAAUCAAAAAGAUUAGUUAUCUUUAAAAUAUAUUUCAAAUGAUGAUAAACAAAUGAGGGAAAAAGGAGGAAUAAAUAUAAAAAUAUUUGAAUAAUAGAAAUAUUGCUAUUUGCAGCAUAUUUUUCAUGUAGCCUAAAAACUACU